GUUACUGUGUCUCCUAUUGCGCUUUCCAUCAGUCACAUCCCGGGAUCCCAGUGUUAGUCCAGCUUCUCCACCGGCUCACUUCUCCACUCUUUUCACUGAUUCAUACAUCUCCCCGAGUGACCUGCUGACUCCUGAUCACUGCUACAGAUCAGUUACCCCGAUCAGGGCGGGCGACACGGGCUCUGCGACUCCCGAGGACCAUAAGAUGAUCGCUUAGAGGGACUAACACCCUGGACACAUCUGCGGAAUGGGGACUCUCGCCCUGGCAGCGAUCUUAGCUGUGUCUUCCCCUCUCUUCUCCCAGCAGCUCGGGGUCACCCAACUGUCCUGUGACUUGUCCAGUAUAAUGGAGAGAGAGCAGGAGCGAUGCUUUGAGGUUCUGGACCAAACCAAUGUAUCUGUGGCCAGCUGGAUGCCAGAAGGAUGUGCCGGGAAGUGGGACAAUCUCAGCUGCUGGCCGUCUACUCCGCUGGGGCAUACUGUGUCCAUUCCUUGCCCAGAGAUCCUGCAGAUUAUUACUGGAAUUAAUGGAACUGUGCAUCGGAACUGUACAGAAGCAGGGUGGUCCGUUACCUUCCCACCGGUGCACGUUGCGUGCAAGUACAACAUCAAUGACACAGAAGAUGAAGAUACAAAGGAAUAUUACAUGCACCUGAAGACCGUCUACACGGUGGGUUAUGGGACUUCUCUGACCUCUCUGUCCCUGGCAUUAAUUACUCUGCUGUCCUUUCGGCGGCUGCGCUGUACCCGGAACUACAUUCACAUGCACCUGUUCUUCUCCUUCAUCCUGAGAGCCAUGUCCAUCUUCAUCCGGGACGCUGUGCUGUUCUCCAUUGAUGACAUCAACCACUGCAGUGUCUACUUGAAGGACUGUCACUACGUCAUGAUCUUCUUCCAGUAUUGCAUCAUGGCCAAUUACAGCUGGCUGCUGGUGGAGGGUCUAUACCUCCACACUCUGCUUGUUGUGUCCUUCUUCUCCGAGUGGAAGUAUUUCUGCUGGUACAUUGCUCUCGGGUGGGGGUCUCCCCUGGUCUUCAUCAUCGCCUGGUCCAUCAGCCGUCACUUGUAUGAGAACAUUGGAUGCUGGGACAUUAAUUCUAAUCCCAGUAUUUGGUGGAUCAUCCGGGGACCGGUUAUUCUCUCCAUAUUUAUAAACUUCAUCCUCUUCGUGAGGAUCAUCCGGAUUCUGAUGAAGAAACUGAGGACGUCUGAUGUUUGGAGCAAUGAUGUCAGUCAGUACAAGAGGCUGGCGAGGUCCACGCUCCUACUCAUCCCGCUCUUUGGGGUACACUACAUCAUCUUCGCCUUCUUCCCGGAAGAUGUGAGCAACCAGUUACUAAAGACUCGUCUGUCCUUUGAGUUGACCAUCAGCUCCAUCCAGGGCUUUGUGGUGGCCGUGCUGUACUGCUUCCUCAAUGGAGAGGUCCAGUUUGAGAUCAAGAGAAAGUGGCGCAGAUACCACUUGCAGAAAUAUUUCUGGUUGAACAAGAACUCGAGCAUCAGUAACGGGGGAAGCGUCCUCACCCAGAUAGUGCAGGUCAGCCGGAGCAGCCAGAGGGAGCAGCGGAGAUCUCUAACACCCCAAAACUAGUUUCAUCUGACGACAGAUCCAGAGCCAAAGGUCUGGAGAUUUCAGAGUCACCCAGCGAGUGAUCCGGAGUGAACAGGCACAGAACAUUUACUCCAGAGACCAUUUGCAGAAAGCAUUAACCCAGGAACGUGGAUCAGAGGUCAGAUAUGCAGAGGGGGAGAAGAUCUAUAUUUUCCAGUUUGGAUCUGGAACAUUGCAUUCAGGGAGUGCUGGGGUUUAGUCCAUCAUCCAGAGUCUCCCAACCUAUUCUGCAGGAGGUAAAUGGCUGGUGGCUACUGUCUACAGAUUGAUCCGGAUCCGUGUACAGUUAUUUUUGUCAUCCAUUAUAACAGCCGCGUGGAUCCCGUAGAGGGUGACACCCUGACACUUUGCCCCAGCAGUAAUGUGAUAUUAUUGUGUGUCCCAAUCCUAGUGUCUGGUUUGGGUUUAUUUUAUUCAGCUGUCUCAGCAAAGAGUUAACGUGUUGUGGAUUUGAUCAUUAUAAUCGGCUUGAGACCAGUUACAAGUCUGGACAGGUCGGGCUGCAAACAGAACACCGCUGAUUGGCGCAUUCUCGGCCUCUCCAGGGCUGUCCCGGGAAACACGCAAACACAUCAGCGGCGUUCCCAUAACGCACCCAUAAGAGGGAACAUCUCUGUGCGCUUGUUUAGCCACCUCCCAGAAACACCCAGCACUUUUCCGAGACAUUCCCGAUACGUGCGUCUCAGUAGCACGGUCGUAUGUAUGUACUCUUGGCGUAACACGUGCAGUAUUUAGGGAUUUUCGUGCAUGCCCAGUAACAAUAAAAUCGCCAUUGCUUGCAA